CUUAUAACCUAGAGUAAAACAUAGUACCUCUUACAGUCUACACUAACCCCAUUGGUAAAAUGAAGAGAAUUAUUCCUGUUCCAGUAUAAAGGCACUACAAGCACUGGAUUCCUUGGAUAAAUAGCUGGUGCUUCUCAGAGGCAGAGGUGCUAGAGUCUGGCAGAUGAAGACCAUCGGUCAGAGCUGAGGUCUCAAGCUGGGGUUCCCCAAGAUGGAUGCUCUUUGUUCCUGUUGUCCAGGAAUGCAAAGCCCGCCCUCCUCCCUUUCGGGGAGCCCAGCAGCGGUUCCCUCGCACUCAUACAGGCUGAUCGCCCUCCUCUUUCCCCAGCCAGACUCUCCUCUCGGCAGAGGAAACUAGACCUACCCGCCGCCACCGCCACCCUACGUUUGCAAAAGGGAGAGCACCAUGGCUGCUUCCUGGGAGCCUGAAGUCGGUGCGCUUUUGGAAGAGGCCCGGAGGACCUUCCACAAGGAGUUUGGAUCUGCACCCACCCUGGCGGUGUCGGCCCCCGGCCGGGUCAAUCUGAUCGGAGAGCACACGGACUACAACGAUGGCCUGGUGCUGCCCAUGGCUCUGGAGCUUGUGACAGUGAUGGUAGGAAUUCCACGGUUGGAUGGUCUCAUCUCUCUCGUGACAACCUCUGAGUAUGCUGAUGAGCCAAGGCAGGUAGAGUUCCCAGUACCCACAGCAGAGCAGCCUCUGGAACCUGGGAUGCCACGUUGGGCCAACUAUGUGAAGGGGGUGAUACAGCAUUACCCAGCAGCUGGUCCCCUCCCUGGCUUCAGUGCAGUGGUGGCCAGCUCAGUGCCUCUGGGGGGUGGACUGUCCAGUUCUGCAUCCCUGGAAGUGGCAACUUACACCUUCUUGCAGCAGCUUUGCCCAGACUCUGGGGCAGCAGCCACACGUGCCCAGGUGUGUCAGCGGGCAGAGCACAGCUUUGCAGGGGUGCCCUGUGGCAUCAUGGACCAGCUCAUUUCACUGUUCGGGCAGAAGGGCCAUGCACUGCUCAUUGAUUGCAGGUCCCUAGAGACACGCCCGGUGCCCUUGUCAGACCCCGGGGUAGCUGUGCUCAUUACCAACUCCAACGUCCGUCACUCACUUGGUUCCAGUGAGUACCCUAUACGGCGACGUCAGUGUGAAUUGGCUGCCAAGGCACUGGGCAAGAAGAGUCUGCGAGAAGUAGACAUGAAAGAUCUAGAGGCUGGGAAGGAGCUGCUCACCAAGGAGGAACACCGGCGGGCACGGCACGUUGUGGGUGAGAUUCAGCGCACAUCUGAGGCUGCAGCUGCUCUGAGUGCAAGUAACUACAAAGCUUUUGGCCGACUCAUGGUGGAAAGCCACAACUCUCUCAGGGAUGACUAUGAGGUGAGCUGCCCUGAGCUGGAUCAGUUGGUGACGCUGGCCCUCUCCGUACCUGGAGUGUACGGCAGUCGCAUGACUGGAGGCGGCUUCGGUGGCUGUACGGUCACCCUCCUGGAGGCAGAUGCAGCGACCAGAGCCAUGCAGCAUAUCCAGGAACAAUACAAAGGGACUGCCACCUUCUAUCUCUCGAAAGCAGCUGAUGGGGCCAAGGUACAGCCUUUGUGAAGGGUCAUUGUAGAUAGAAGUACAAGCUGGACACCUCACACCUGAGAGGACCUUUCCCUGGGUGGGUGAUGGACGACGAUGGGGGAAGCCAUCUGUGUAUGAGCCAUUAAAUCACUAAUAGAUUUCUACA